CGAAAAAGCACCUGUUCUCGGAUUAUACCUGGAGCUUGGAAUUCAUUAGCAUAAUAAUACGUCUUAGCAACGAGAGACGCGACACAGACAAUUGUUAGACAUCGAUGUAAUUAUCCAUUAUUUCAACAAGUUCUCGGAGGAUAACUAAACAUUCGAGGUCAUGACAUCACUGGAAUUUUUUCCACCUGUCGACCACAACCCCAAGGUGCCCACGGAAUGGGGGUCGGGCAAACUGAAAGAGAACAUCAACGCCUGGAACCGUGGCCAAGGAGAACCAACAUGGCAUUACAAAGGAAAACCAGUAAAUCAGGAUUAUACCCUUACCCAACUCAAACUGAGCAACAUCCGAAGCAACGACGAACUAAUUCCACGACCUCAAGUGAUGAAAAUGGGGGAAAUCAUGAUAAACAAGGAUUUUCCUGCGGAACACCCCUACAGCUCACACAUGUCUCGAUAUGCCGUGUUCCCAACAUUCCAGUCGCCUGAAGAUGCUAAGCGUGGUAUCCAGGCACGCCGAGAACAGCCGAUUAAUGCCGAAAUGCCAGCUACAGCAUUUGACGUACAAAUCAUUCACAAAACGAAAGGUUAUGGAGAUCGUCGAGAACUCCAGUAUUUUCCAAAGGAAUCUGAAAAAGUUGGCUUAGAAUGGAAGGGGGAAGAUGGAUUCCAUCAGCUUGUGAAGGCACAUGGUGGUCGCCAGCAGUACUAUCCUACUCCACCGAAAGUCGUCUGCCCAAAUCUCCAGGAUCGUGCCGAGAAAAUCACGGAAAGGUCCGCGAACGCAAUGCGCAACCUUGAGCGCAAUCACUGGCAGACGACAUACGAUCUCAACAACACCGGACUGGGGCCGUUGAAUCCAAUGAAACUGGAUAACUUGGAUGACAAGAAAAGGGCCAUGGAUGUUUACGGUGUUGAGGAUAAUAAACUGUACCCAAGAUCGAUCAAUACGUUUGAUCCGCCUCGACCGUUUGAGGGAAGAAUAGCCCGCAGCAUCAUUCCGCGCCCUCCUCCACAAAAGACAAAUUCAGACGAAGACGAAAACACAGAUUAUAUUCCACGUAAAACUCUACGAGAGCGAGAAGAACACAGAUUGUGGAAUGGAACAGAAUAUGUCAACCUUCCUGAUACUACCGAGGAACAAAACCAACACAUGCUGGCUCUAAGGUGGAAGGAAAUGAAUGAUACCGCUCACCCUGACCCCAAUCUAGGCGUAGUCAGCCAGCAGAUGGAGAGACAGCCUUCGGAGAAUAUCCCCUGUCCCCCCGUUGUUGGAGUACCCCCGGAUACCGCUGAAAACUAUCUUCAGACUACCAAACAAAGACAGGAUGAAAUCUUUCAACAAGUUGAAGCGCAGAACCGAUUUGCUGUUCUAGAAUUAGAAAAGCCAAGUCAUGUAAUCACGACUUUGAAUCACAAAAUGCAGAAGGUCCAUGAAACUGAAAAGCCUAGAACAUUUUAUGGUCACGAGGGAAAAUACAACGAAGAACGCGCAGGUGUAUACAAAACCAGUUACAGUCCCGAGGUCCUAGCUCAUUCCAUGAACGAUCUGGAAACAAGUGGUCCUGAGAUCAUGAACACAAUGCACAGUCAUGAAGAUGCAGCCUACUUGCCAACACAGUUAAGCCGAGACAUGAAAGACGCCUUUAGAGGCGUGCGCACACUAAGUCUUAGUCAGCCCAAUCUUGCAGGCGAUAGAAGAGAAACGAGGGAAGUGAUACUACCUCAUAACGAACUCAAAAAUGUACAGAAACGCAUUCUUCAGCCAACUGUCGAAAAUGCCAGAGUCAAAAUCCAGGAGGGAGAAACAAUUCUCAAAGAAAGUAAUAUGGGUGAUAGUUACAAUACUCAUAAAUUCCUUCAAGAUUACAAAAUCACACAGGCUGGUAGAAACGAACCCCUAAAUUUGAUGUCUGUAGAGAAUAGCAAGCUUAAAAACGUACGAUCAGCAGCUGAGCUAAGGAAUCGAAAUGGAAUGUCAAAGUCUGUCUCGUUUUCAGACAGCGUGACUGUCGCUAGCAGCCGAGAAGAUGGAAAGUUCCGUACCUUCAGUGCUGCUAUGGCUGACGGCAAGGAAACGAAAGCAGACGACAAAGCAAACACGACCCAGUACUUGAGUACACAAGCUGAAUACCGGAAGAACAACGAAACGUCACUUAGACGACCCCAACCAACUUUCCUGAUGCCCGAUCCUCCACCAGUUAUCAAGGAAAAUCCGGCCGACACCACCGAACCAAUGACUUCUCCACGUCGACCUAGAAGGAGACCCUUCUCGACAACGGAUACAGAAUAUCGAGACGAAUUUGGAAGCUUGUCAUCCAAUGUGGCUCCAACAAAUCUACGUCAUUCAUACACAUUCCAAACCGCAUACGAAAGCCAGUUUCCAAAAUAUCACCAUAUAGGAUACAAAAGCGACGACAGAUUUAACUGGGAACCAGGUCAUGGUGUCCCUAGACCCCAGUCGACUCUUCUGCAAAUUCAGGAUAGUUUCUCAAAAACUGACAUUAGAAGAAAUUUCCAUAGUCAGUUCAAAGAAAAUAACCCUGAUCUUCGAAUGAACAUUAUCCAGGGUAAGAAGCAUGUCUUCGAUGGCAUGGAUGCGCAAGUUCUACACGGAUGAUUGACUUUGUAAAAAAAAAAAAACAACCACAACCUGAAACAAUUAAUUGUAGUCAACAACACUGUGAUACUUCAGCGACAUUCGUGUCCUGUAUUUUGUAUUGGUUGCAAGAAUUUUUGGGAUCUCUUCAGUUUUGUUCUUUCGAAAUACAGGAAGAGGUGAUAUUUAGGUCAUGCGUGUCGUACCGUUCAAAUAUCAGUAUUAAAAUUUAAAAUAGAGGAUUUUGAAGAAAAUAUUUGCAUCAGUAUUAGGAUUUUUGCAAUAUGCAUAUUGUUAUGUUUGAAAUAUUUUAAUUUAAUGAAUGUUAUUUUGAAAGAAUGUUGCAUGUUUGAAAGUUGAAUUGCUCAAAAUGUUUCUUUUUUAAUUUUUAUAUAUUAUAUGUAUACGAAAUAAUAGAUUUGAAAAAAAAAAUGAAAACAAAUAGUAUUAAAGACUUUAAGACUUGUUGUUUAAGGAGACUGAUCUAAGUUGAAUAUUGCUCACCAGUAAUUUUAAAACGUCCCUAAUUUGCACGUUUACAGAUUCGAGGGAGGUUUGCUUUUUACAGCAUGUGUUUGUGACUGAAUUUGUGUAUUGUUUACAUUUGUUAAUGUUUAGGCUAUAAACAAUUUGACCUUUGCGUGCCAAUUAUAUCUUGUUUCUUCUCUCUCUCGAUUAUUUUCUUUUUGUUGUAUCUGUUCACACAAUCUUAAUAAAACCUU